UCCCUGGGAGCCUUGACGUCAGCGCUGUAAACGGUGCGCCGGCAGCAGCGGUGCCCACAGGCGCAGCGUCUGUCCACCGGGCAACGCAGGCGGCUGCGGUGGCACCAGCAGCAGCAGCAGCUCCGACACUCUCCUCGGACUUUCCCCCUGCACGACUUUCGAAAACAUCCACGCACCGUCUGGAAGGAAUACAUCCACACACUCAUUAGACAUCGUCCCCGGGAUUUCGACCGAUCCACCCCCCUCACCAGCCGCGCCAUGUCAACCGCUGUCACCGAGACGGACGAGUCGGCGCGCGGCUCCCCGCUGACGCCCCUGAAGCUGGUCGGGCUGGUGUGCGUCUUCCUGGCGCUCUGCCUGGACGUGGGAGCCGUGAUGAGCCCGGCGUGGGUGACCGCCGACGACCAGUACUACCUGUCCCUGUGGGAGUCCUGCUGGAAGCCGGCGAGCACCGAGAACUGGCAGUGCAGCAGCACCCUGGGUUCAGACUGGCAGGUUGCAACGCUGGCCCUGUUGCUAGGGGGUGGAGCCCUGGUGCUGAUGUCAUUCCUGGUCGCUCUGGUUGCCGUGUGCAUCGGAACGAGACGGCGAUUCUACGCACCCGUCGCCUUCAUGCUCUUCGCCGCAGUUGUCCUGCAGGCCUGCAGCUUGGUCCUCUACCCCAUCAAGUUCAUCGAGAGCAUCAACCUGAGGAUCUACCACGAGUUCAACUGGGGCUAUGGCCUGGCCUGGGGCGGGACCAUCUUCUCCUUCGGCGGAGGGAUCCUCUACUGCCUCAACCCCAAGAACUACGAGGAGUAUUACUAGCUCUGAUUGAAAGUUAGAACCCUACAUCCUGAGGGAGGUAUUUUUUUUUUUCUUCAACGGCUCAAUCCCAAGAACUGUAAGGAAUACUAUACACCGUAUUUGAGCAAAUAAAUGUAUCGCCACAAGCUUCCUCCCUGGGUGAAAUUCUAGGGGUUGAUACUGCUUUGGGGGGGGAUUUAUUUUUCUCCCCUCAUUCAACAGAGCGCUUAGGCUACGUAUUUUAAUUCAUAGCCCUAACAUCACCAGGUCGGUCCUGGGGAGGAGGUCGAGGGUGGGUGGGAAGGAGUUGUACUUCAAUCCUAGGACUUGGAGGACUGACAAGCCUUCAGUAACAAAAGGAUGGAGGUUAAUGGUGACGAUCCCACCUCCGUUCUUGCUCCCCCCCCGGACUAAACUGCAAGUCACUUGUAGCAACCCAACUUAGGAGACAGGAACGUGAGACUGGUAGGCUUUUGCCGUACGUUCACACACGCAUGCACAUGCAAAGGCACAUGCAUCGCCACCCGUCAACAUCAAAUCCUACCGCUGGGCGUCAACAAAUCCGAAAUCCAACCCCCCAGACUCUCCAUCCGUGCAUCACUAUCAGUGCUUAGUUAGGAGUGUUGGCAUUCUUCUUUAGUUUUUUUCAGAGUCCUCUGGAGCUCUUCACAAGGACGUGGAAGAGGAUCAGACACCACGCUUUGUGCUUCAUAACCUUUCAUAAGACAAUUAGAUUCCUCAUGGGGGGAAGGUGUCAGGUGAGACGGGGGGGGGGGAUAAAAUAUAGACACUCCGCUCAAUAUUCCGUUAUCGACCCACUUUGUCUGUUACCGUGGCAACCCACAGGGUGUGCACAUGCAGCUGUCGUGAUUGAUUAGCCGCGGUCGUGUGGUGUGAGACGGGGCCGCGCUCGGCUGCCUCUGAAGUGUCCGCAGCAUUUUUGAUUCCCAAUGAGCUGAGCUUCUGCACGCGGUGACGCUCGGAGCAUCCUUCCUCCCCUGUUUGUCGAUAGGAGUGUCUGCUAUACGUACCCACAGACAGAUACGGCCUCCGGUGGGCAUGUUUACAUGCACAUCAAUAGUUGAAGGAAGUCAGCAUCUGCAGUUGGAGCGCAGUAAUGAUUAUGGACUCAGCUGAAGGAUGUAAAAUCACAGAAACACCUGUGGAGGGCUCUGACUUUAUUAGAAAACCCCGUCGGCCAUGUAGACACCUUUGUUUCAUUUCUUAAAAGUUGCACAAGUAGCUCAGGUGGAGCUGAAAAGGAAGUGUGGCCUUUUAGCUUUCAAUCAAGAGGCUGGACUUCGCUCCCUAUUUGCCACUUACUGCAGUCCACUAUACUCAAGCGUUUAGGUUUCAGAGGGGUUUGUGUGUGUGUGUUUGUGAGCUGUUAAGUAAGUUACGUAGCCUACUUAUUGCUCGUUACAUAAAGUGCAUACUUAUUUUACAUGACAAACGUACUCAUUUCAACAAUAAACCUAACUAGGUUGUUGAGUAAGUGAACCUAAACUACGGUGGAAGUUUAUUUUGAAAAGAAACUGUAUGCAUGUAAUGAAGGGGAAUCUGAAACACCGUCCAAAGCUGAGCGACAAAGUUCGAAGCGUAGGGGCACUGACCGAGCGGCCAUAUUUGACGAGUUGGGAGUUAGAAUGCGUUGGUUUAACCUUACUUAAAAUCACAUCUUUCAUUUAUGAAGUUACGUUAUGAUUGAUAGGGUAGAGAACAAGAAUCUUGAGCAUCAAUAUGCCAAACAUGAUCUUUGAAUGACAUUCAGUUCUUGUCUAUUUAGGAGAAUCUUAGUUUAAAUUUGAAAUUAAGAUAUAGUUAUUAUGGAUAUUGUGGUAUAGUGGAUAUAUGUCCACAGAUCUUCCUCUCAUUGCCCUAACUGUGUUUUCAGAAAUUUGCAUUACCUGCAUUGGUGCAGACAAAUUGUAAAAUCAAAAUCACCACAUAAUCUAAAGAAGUACUUAACUCACUGUACCAGGAUGACGAUCAAGGACGCAAAUAGACGAUCGGCUAACUCCAGGUAUGAGGAAUCAAUGCGUUACUGUGUGCAUGUAAACACAGCCACUGAAGCUGAAACCAGAUCAGCGGAUCUACCGAUGAGUUCAGGGCCUCCUUUCAUUAACACCAGACUGCUGGUUCCUUGUCUACAGUGAAUGUCAGGGAUCAGCCUGAAAAGCAUCUGUUGGCAGAUUCAAAUAUCACCCAAGUUGUCAAAUAGCAGUAUUAUUGUCUUAUUAUAUGGUUGCUGGGAUUUAUAGAUGUGCAUAAAGACAAAAAGUGGGAUUGUUUCUUACAUCAAAGCAUCAGCACCUUACAGAAAAGAACAUCUGAUAAUCACUGAGUUCAUGUCCCAAUAGGCGGAUUUACAUUUAAACAGUAUUUAUCUCAUUUCCACUGUUUCCCCUGCCCUCUGGGUUUGGCUCUAAUUGUGAGUUGUAUGGGUGGUAGCCAUGGGUGCAAUGCAAUGUCUGGGUGUAAAAAUGGAUGGAGAAGCAAAUAAAAUAACUUCUAUACAGAUUUUAUGGGGCAAUAAAGCAGGUGAUGACGCAAUUUUUUGCUUUCAUAGAGCAAAAACCUUUUUAUGUUUUCUAUCUCAGCCCCGUGUGCUGAGUUACUUUCAUAACCCCGUGAUCUCCAUUCUUCCUUCUGCAAUUUCAAAAGUCAAAUGUAAAAUAAGAAUUCUCCAGGUGACAUUUCGGAGAUACAGGCAGCGUCUUGUUGGUGCUCUACAUUGUCACAUAUUUACCGUGGAGCUGUCGAGCAGCCGUUCCUCCCAAAAAUAGGAUCCAGGCUGGCUCCCUCGCCACCUUAACAAAAUGUAGAACUGUGCAGCCGCCCCGCGAUUCAUGCAGCUGACAGAAGUCCCGUUAUUUGAAAUAAACUGACAGGAUGACGUUUACCACGGACACAAUUGUUUCCUGUGUUGUUAAUGAGCUCUGCCUGUCACUCCAACAGCGUUGCUUCUAAAAUUACCUCAUUCAAGUUUAUUAACGACUGAAAUCUGAUGCAACUAGAAGAAGAUUUGGUCACGCAUUAGAUUACAGCCAGCAAAUUACAGUAUAAUUAUGUAAUAUAUAUAGGGUGUGCAUACAAUACAAUGGGUACCUAUAGUAGGAUAACUAUGUACAAGAAAAGAGGCGAAGAGGUUAGGAAAUUAAGGGUCCAGCUUUGUGUCAUAACUUAUAUUGCUUAUAAGUAUUUUUUUAAUUACUGAGUACCUAUUUAACAAUUACAGGGUACAGUAAUAUUGUUGCUGGGUAACAAAGCAGGAAAAAUGGUAACAAUACUGAUAUUGAAAUUAGUUAUGUUCUCAUUUAUUUUGAAACAAAUAUAAUGGAGUACUUAAUAUUUCUUGAAGAGAGUUAGUUGAUACCACUCUGAUGUCUGUACUCUAAAUAUGAAGCCAUCAGCUGGUUAGCAUAGCUUAUGUUAGCUUAGCAUGAAGACUGGAAACAGGGGAAGAAGCUAGCUGUGUGAAUUACAAAGUCUACCUACCAGCACCUCUGAAGCCCACUACUUAUGUUUGAUUGUUUAAUCCGUACAGUAAAAGAUUUCCCCGGGUCUUUAUGCUAAGCUAAGCUAACCACCACAUGAUUCAUUACUGGAGUACAGUAAUAAAGUAUUUAAUCCAAUUUAGGAUUUCUCUGACGUAUGAAACUAAUGUCAGAGAAUAACCUAGACCUGCUUCAACGUAACCCCUAAACACGUCUCCGGGUCAUUUGUUUGUUGGUUUGUUGGUAUGUUUGUCAUUAGAAUUACGGAAAAACUACAGGCCCAAUCAUCACAAUAACAGGGCAGACACACGCGUUGUUUUCCACUUAUGGAAACGUCCUUGACGGAGGUCUGCGCUCUCCGAUUGCCCUUCUAGUAUAUUGUCAUUGGUACCAUGCAUGUACAAAAUAUUUACACUGUAACUUGUAGGCUGUAAUGUAAAGUGUCACUAAAGAAUAAAUCAAGGGCAAGAUGUGGUAGCGAUUAAAGUCACUUAAUCUCACUUUACAAGCCUUUUCAGACUGACAUAAACCUCAUGCUGUAAAUUCACAGUAUAUAUCCUACUAAUUAGAAUUGAGCUGGUGUUAUAUGAAAGUAAGGUUUUCUGAGGGGAACUUCAAUGCUUUUAUGUGGAUUUUAGUGACUGGAUGUCCCCCAUCUUUCUAUUUAGCACUGAGUGAAAACAGAAACAGUGCUCACCGUUACACCCAUUAUUCCAUUAGCCAUACCAGCUUUAUGGGUCAGCGGCUGACUCUCAGCAUGUGACCCCGCUCUUCAGUAAUUUAUCAGUGUGAAAGAUGUCACAGCUUCACCGGUUCAGUGGCGGGGCUCCGGUUAAUCAGUGUUUAGCUUUGUUGGGUCACCGGAUUUUCAGUCAGGCCGUGGAUGAAGCACUUUGUGUCACCUGACUCGGUGCUGUUGUCGCUCCAUGGCCAGAGUGAAACAAAAGUCCUGACACAAUGACAAAGGACUGUAAUCAAGAUCAUCACCAGUGUGAUAUACGAUAUGGUCGCUACUGCAUUUAAUACUGUGUGGUUACAGCUUAGUAAGGGUAUUUUUACUGCCUAGAAACGUCUCUGUGCUUUGGUGGUGUAGAGGAGCCUAAGGCACUAACACUGUAACAGACCUGGGUUAAAACUUACAGGAACCUUUUUUAAUAUCCCCAAAAAAACUGAAAACAUUGUUGAUUUAGAGCGUGGUAAUUCUGAAUGUACCUGCCAGACACAUAAACACUCUAAAAGGAGAUAAAUCCCCUUACACAUCAAAGAUUUACAACUGUAGCUGCUGUUAUUAUGAUGACGUCUUUUAUCCAAGAUUCAAAGAGACAACUUCUCCUAGCUGGUGCCUUCAGGAACGAGCAGAUGCAGUUAAAGUUGCCGCGUGUUUUGGUUUCUUAAUUAGGUGCCGGAAUCAAUGUCGUGUCAAUUGUAAUUAUGGGAUUUCUAAACGACAAUGCAAAUAUGUUUGCGCCCAGUUUCAGAAAUGACCUACAUGCUUUGAUUUUUAAUGAAGCACUUAAAUGUGGUUCUGGGUAAAUAAGAUUAUUUGUGUUGAGGCCUCUCAGUGGGAACCACACACGUUAACACAACUCCCCUUUAAUACGUUAUAUACCUGUUAUUUGUGGCCCCAGGGAGUCUGACCCGUGCUGGUUCCUUGUAUGUUUUAGCCCAGCUCUGACUCCUAGUUAUUAGCAUUUGUUUGGUUAUUAAUUUACUUAUGAAAAUUAGAGGCUUGCAAACAGAGACAGCUCUGUUUUAUGCAUCAUCUCCCAGUAGACUGGAGAGAAACACUGUCUAUUGAUGUGUGCGUAGGGAUUUAGGAAGUGUGUAUGAAUGUGUGUGUGACAGAGAGAGAAAGAGUGUGUGUGUGUGUGUGUGUUGGCAUGUUUUAGAUGCCAUUGUAGAGAUGUCAGUAAUCAGCAUUUAUCUCUUUGUACGUUGGCACAUUAAAGCACUGAACAGAACGUCUCCGUCUCACUCUCCGUCUCAUUUCGUUGACACAUACUCUGUCUUUUGUCCUCUGUUUUUUUCAGCUCUGAAAUGAUCACUGUCAUGCUUAUUUCGCUUCCAGUGUUAUCUAAAUUAAGCACAAUAUACACUACAAUAAUACACUGUAGUUUCCUGGUAUGCUGAGUUAAAGUUGUCAAAUAGAGCAUCCUGAAAAAGGAGAGCCACCACUAGGUAGGCCCAGGGGACUAACUAUAAUAUAUCUAGGUCACGAUAUUCUGGUUGGUAUCUUUAUUUUAAAACAUGGUGUAUUCUUUCUGACCUUAUUAUUCUGGUAAUGUCAUUGAUACAUUAUGAGGUGUAAAUGCUGUAUGUAUGCUUUUAGUUGCAAUGUCCGUUAUGCUGAUGACGCAGUCUUGUUUGCCAUUGGCUGAAACGCAAACCACACUUUCCCAGCUUACAGUCUGUCUUCGUCUACCUGCAUUUGAGCUAGUUGUUAACUCUAAAGCAUUUUACAACAAUGGAAAUCAGAUUGAUAGAGUCAAACAUAAAGAAUACUUAAGUUUACAUUAACAGUUACAUUUUUCUACAAAACUCAUUCUUAUUUCAGGACAGAGCUUGUUUCUCCUUUAACAACAGAAAAAUACACAAUCCACUAUACAAUCUACUCUGGAUUGUGAACAUGGGCUGUAUGCUAACGCUGCUACCACUACCCUUAAAUACAUUUGUGAGCAUAAGGUGUGGAGCGCAUCAAAAUAGUCGGUGGCGCUAAGUCUCCAGUUGGGUGCCAUUAAAGCAUUGCAGAAGAAGUGGGCGCAAUGAGAUGAUGUAAGUAUAAAAAUAAUUUGUAACUUGCAAUAUUUCACUUUUUUUGUGCACAAAAAUAAACAGCUGGAUGGCUUACAGUCAUACUUGGGGGGGGAAAUCUUUCGAUCAUUGUCAAAGGUUACUGGAAAAUGUAUUGAACCUAAUGCUAUGAUUGCAUUGUUCGCUGUAACUCCAGCUACAGAACCACUCCAAUCCGUAGAAGAAGACUUCACAGCUUUUGUCACCCUACUAGUCAGAUGCUUGGUACCGCUCAAGUGGAAAUCUCCACUACCUGCUUUGCAUAUUCCAGAUGAUAGCCAAGGUGUCCCGUCUCUUUUGCUCUCCACAUGGAUUAUUUGCCUGCAUGCAACCAAAGCCCGCUGCAACGUGAUUGGUUGAUACUACACGGACUCCAAAGGGCACCAGAACGUUUUCGAUACCAAAGCUUGUCCCGUUGCCUACAAAUUCUGCAUCCAUAAGCGAAUAUCUGCUUACAGAGAUUGAUGGUUCACGCCUGUACACCACUUCACAAGGUAAGAGCUAGGAAAGCUCAGAGAAACUGCAUAUUAACAGAGUUUCAACAUUUAGCCUGUUUUUAUUUGUAUUUCUGGCUGAGAAGGCCUGUGAGUGACAAGAAGAGCUCAAGAGGUGCUGAGUGAAGUGAAGUGGAGUCUGAUUGCUGCUGUGACAGGCACACUUCACUGCAGGGAACGCCAAGAUCCCUGCAAGAGAAAAGGAUCUCGCAAAGUCACAUAACAGUCGGUGUUAAUGCGACAGUUCCCAGGAGCCUUUUUUUCAAGGAGUCUGUGUCGCACAGUAUAAUGGGACAUAACAUAUUGCUCUUGUCACCUGUCAACGAGAUGCAACAAAUAAUUGUGUUUUUUGACUGCUGAAAGUCACAAAUUGCCUCUGAAAAGUGCUGUCAUUGCUUAUUCACAAGAAAAAGCAGGUAUACCUUUUACAGAUACACCAGUUGGUUCAUUGAUCCCUCUUUAAAAUAAUGUAUUUUAUUUAUGUAUGUAUGUAUAUAUGUACAGUAUGUAUUAAUUAUUAUUUUAAUUUUAUUUUAUUCAUUAUUAUUAUUUAUCAUUUAUUAUUAUUAUUGUAAUUUGUUCUGUUGGUAAGACAAUACACUUUUCUGUGAACUCUAAAUAUGAAACUUUAUUAUUACAAAAUAUAUAAUUAUUGUACUUUCUAUUGCUUCCCAUGUGGAGAGUUGUGUAUUACAAGUCUCAAUUUUUUUUUUUUUUUUAUGAAAAAAGCAGACAGCUAAAUUACUGAGUAGAGUAAGCGCUAAUUUUAUUGCACAGCGGAUGAACGGGAAACUCCAGCAGUGACAUGGUUUCUCUGCCAACCCUACUGCUGCCAAAAAACCCUCCAGGAGAUUCGGAGGUCUGUUGAGGAGCAGCACGCCUUUUCCGCCUGGAUUAGCUCUCAUCAGCACAGUCAGUACCUAAUGUCUACCACACUCUGUGUCAUUUAGCACCAGACACAUAAUCAGUGGGUGAUUUGACAACAACACACUGGACCAUUUCCAUCCUCUUGCGCUAUUUAUAUAUUUUUUAGAAUCAACUACAGCUCCUUUCUUGUUAACUUAGCCGUGGAAAACAUCCAAGACUCACUGGCCCAGUUUACAGUAGAGGUUCCUACUGUACUCCCUAUCCUGAGCUCAGACUGCCCCCUGCUGUCCACACUCUGCCAUGACCACCCAGAGCCAAACUCACCACCUACAUAAACGAUUGACAUUUAUCUGGAGUCCUCAUUUAAUUUGAAUUACUCAAUGGACAUUUGAUUUUCAUAUCUGGACUCAGUAAUUGUUUUUCUUUCGAUUGAAUGUACAUUUUUAGUUUAAGACGGUAUUUGAUUAUGAACCAUACACUUUUGAUUUGAUUUCUGAUGUUUGUGUCAAAUACAACUGUCUUAAAUUAUAAAACUUGUUUGGGUUUUGCUUAUGUUGCAUUUUGUAGCGGGGUUAGCAGGCUAGUCGGGUUAUCUCUCCAACUGUUCAAAGUAACAUUUUCUUAAAGUGACAGUGUAUAAGUGCUAUUAUUCUCCCGUCUGGCGCCCAACUCCUACUUUGGAUAUUUGAGAGUAAAACCUGCGCUACAAGAGUAUUAAACGCCCCUGAAUAUGAGUUUAUUUCCCAUGAACUCCUGUAGUUUAACUUCUCACCCUGCUGCAGUGACGCAUGUACUCCGUGACGUCACUGUCGAGCGUGAUUCCAGGCGCAACAGGCUCAAAACAUAUAUGAAAAAAAUGUUGAAUUUCCAAAAGAAUGAGA